UUCUGAUUUGACUGAAUAAGGUGGUUAUUCUUUUGUUGCUACGCUCGCAAUAGUCUAACAACGAUGACCGCGCGUUUGACAGAAGAACAAUUAGACGAAAUCCUACAAAGGGAUUUUACGUCGUCGUUCAGACGGGGGUACGUGAAAGUGAAGGGCUUCACGAUGCCCAAAAGGUUCGAGGAAUUGCAGGAUGAAAUUCACAAUUGGGAUGUCCGUAAUGAGGAUAUUUGGAUAUGUAGUUUUCCGAAGACAGGAACCACAUGGACGCAAGAAAUGAUUUGGAUGAUAGUAAACAAUCUGGAUUUUGACGGGGGACAAGUUAACUUAGGAAUUCGAUCUCCAUUUUUAGAAGUAUCAGCCCUAUACGAUUUCAGACAGCUCAAAAAGGAUAUCCCAGAUUUUGAAGUUCCACCAUUCCUAGAUGAUUCUCUGAAGUUCGUUAAAGACAGAUGUAAAAUAGGACCACAAUGUAUAAAAAGUCACUUACCUUGGGAUUUGCUGCCAAGAGAACUACAAGCGAGUAUAAAAAGUCCGAAAAUAAUAUACGUGACUAGGAAUCCCAAAGAUACGUGUAUAUCGUACUUCAACCACUCCCGUUUGAUGGAAGGCUAUCGAGGUGAUUUCAACGACUUUUGUGAGCUUUUUCUAGCUGAAAAAUUAACAUAUACUCCGUACUGGUCGCAUUUACUUUCCUUUUGGCAACGUCGGAAUCAAAAGAAUAUUCUGUUUCUUAAAUACGAGGACAUGAACAAGGAUUUGCCAGCUGUCAUAAGAGAAGUAGCAGAUUUCCUAGAAAAGCCUCUAUCAGAUGAACAAGUUUCAAUUUUGGCGGACCACCUUAGCUUUGAAAAUAUGAAGAAAAAUCCAGCUGUCAACUACGAAAUGGUUAUCAGCAUCAAUAAGAAAUUCAAACUGACAGAAAGUGAUGGAAAAUUCAUGAGAUCCGGAAAGGUUGGAGAUUAUAAGGCUAACAUGUCACCGGAGAUGAUCAAAAUAUUCGAUGAAUGGUCUGAAGAAAACCUGAAAGACAACGAUUUUUCAUUUUGAAAUCUACCUAAUAUACAGUUUAUUGUUGCACAACUUUAAGGUUCGAUAGAACUUUUAAAAUUAUUGCAUAAAGCCUAUAUAAACAUGGGUCGAAAAAUGCGUGGCUUCCGAAAUACAGGGUGUUUAAAUUUUCUUUCUAAAAGUUUUUUUUUUAAAUAUUUCGAACAAUAUUUGAUGUAUAACAGUGAAAAUUGGUAUACAAGGGUUUUUUGGUACGAC